AUGGCGACAGAGUCGACUCACUUCAACAACUGGCCCAAUGCUGCUGGUUUCCAAGUGGAAGCAGAACAACGUGAGCCCGUCGAGCUCAAAGUUACUGGAAAGUUCCCUUCUGCUGCCGCUGGUACACUUUUACGAACCGGUCCGUCAUCAUACAAGGCCGGCAAGAUGCGGCUGUCGCAUUGGUUCGAUGGCUUCACCCAAGUAUACCGCUUCCAGCUUAUCGAGCAGCCGGACGGUAGCUGUAAAGUCAUGUUCAACUCGAGACGGCAGGUCGACGCACAAUUAGAGAAGGCUCGUCAGACUGGUCGACUCGAAGGCUUCACCUUUGGACAGAAACGCGACCCUUGCGUCGGCUUCUUUGGCAAGUUGAAAGCGAUGUUCGAGCCCGGAACAGACGGCUUGCCGAACGAGUUGAACAUCGGCGUGACUAUACGUCCUUCCACACGCGGUGCUGACGGUGAGCUGGAAGCCAGAACUGACAGCGCCACAUCCAAGAUACUCGACUCGGAGACCUUGGAACCCAUUGGGCUCUCCGAUCAAACAAAACUUCAUCCAGACCUUGUUGGCCCCUUGUCAUGCGCGCAUGCACAGUUGGAUCCGGCCAAUGGUGACAGCUACAACUACAAUCUGCAUCUCGGCCUUGUUGCAACGUACCGCGUAUUCCGCACCAGUGCUCAGACAGGCGAGACAGAUAUCAUUGCUACCUUUACCGGCGUGCCAAAAUAUGUGCACUCCUUCAUGCUGACUGAGAAUUAUGUUGUUCUAUGCCUUUGGACAGCUCAAUAUACGAGUCUCAAGCUGUUAUGGGAGCGCAAUUUACUCGAUGCCAUCAACCCUUUCGAUCCUAAAGUCAAGGCUCAAUGGUUCGUCAUCGAUCGCAAAGGUGGACGCGGGCUUGUGAAGCAAUUCGAGAGCCCUGCCAUGUUCUGUUUCCAUACCAUCAAUGCGUUCGAGCAGACUCAGGGGAAUGGCUCGACAGGAAUCAUUGCCGACCUUAUCGAGUAUCCUACGCUUGACGUCUUACACAAGCUGUAUUACGACAAUCUGGUCUCGAACUCUGCGGGCGCAAAAGCAUGGGCAGGCACGACCCGUGGAGACCAAAGCAGACCGCGAAUUGCGCGAUACCAUCUCUCGAACAUCAGUAAUGCUCAGUCUUGGAACGCAGCAAAAGACAAAGCCGUUGUCACAGAGCGCGUUGUCUACAUCGAUGGGAAUGCCAUUGGUGAGCUUCCAACCAUGCACCCGGACUUUAAGACGAAGCAACACCGCUAUGUAUACGGCAUCUGCGAUCGUGGAUUGUCUAGCUUCUCGGAUGGUAUCGCGAAGACGGACAUGCAGACCCAGCAGACUACGUACUGGAGCCGGGACAAGCACACACCGGGUGAGGCUAUCUUUGUGGUAGACCCUCGUCGCCCAGAUCACGAGGACGGAGGAUGGCUACUGAGCUGUGUCCUUGACGGCGAGCUAGGAACAAGCUACCUGCUUUGCCUUGAUGCUGCUACGAUGACCGAGGUCGCUAGGGCGGAGGGCGAUGCUUCUUGGGGUAUCGGUUUUCAUGGUACACAUGUUCCGGGCCGUCUGUAA